AUGAAAAUUAAGUAUAUCAUUGCAUAAAUUUUAACUUUUACUUAAGUAUUUUCAUAGAUCCCAGGUGCUGAAGUCACUUGCUCUAGCUCGUCUUGCUCGACAUCAUGUCCUGCAGCUGCAGGUUUUACAUGGACUUAAUCAAGAGAUAAUCCUAAUUUAUGCAUAAUAUCAGAUUGCACCAAUUAUAGCGCAACCUCAAAAACAUAAACUGGUUUAAGUGAUUUAUUUUGUUUAAGUUGUUUGAGUUAAACCAAUAAUUCGUAAUAUUCAAACCAAAAUGGUACUUUAUGUGUUAAUACUCCUUCUUCAUGCACAAAUAAUCCUAUAUAAGGUAAUGGUUGGACUGACAGUACUUGUCAAUUAUGCUCUAAUAAAUUAUAUGCAAAUAAUGCAGGAACUACCUGUAUUUAAAUAGACUAAUCAUGUAGCUCAAAUUCCAAAUUAACAGAUACAAUUUGUUUAGCUUGCUUUGGAUCUUCAUUGUAAUAUUCAAAUAAAAGUGGUACAUAAUGUGUUAGUACUCCAUCUUCAUGUACAGCUAGUCCUAUUUCUGGAACUGGCUGGACUGAUACUACAUGCUAAUUAUGUUCUAACAAUUUAUAUGCAAAUGUAGCAGGCACCACUUGUGUUUAAAUUAAUUAAUCAUGUAGCUUAAAUCUGAAUUUAACAGAUACAAUUUGUUUGGCAUGUUAUGGCUCUUCAAAACAAUAUGCAAAUCAAAGUGGUACAUAAUGUGUAAGUACUCCCUCUUCCUGUACAGCUAACCCUAUUUCAGGAGUUGGAUGGACUGACGUUACAUGUUAAUUAUGUUCUUAAAAUUUGUAUGCAAAUGUUGCUGGCAAUACUUGUGUUUAAAUUAGCUAAUCUUGUAGCUUAAAUACUAAUUUAACUAAUGUAAUUUGUUUAGCCUGCUAUGGCUCUUCGUAAUAAUAUACAAAUCAAAGUGGUUCUAUGUGUGUUAAUACUCCUUCUUCAUGUAUUGCCAAUCCUAUUUAGGGAAUUGGUUGGACUGACACUACAUGUUAAUUAUGCUCUUCGAUUUUGUAUGCAAAUAUUGCAGGCACAACAUGUCUUUAAAUUAACUAAUCAUGCAGCUCAAAAUCUAAUUUUACUGAUGCUCUUUGCCUUGCUUGUUAUGGUUCUUCAUAAUAGUUUGCAUCAAGUGAUUAAACGAAGUGCGUUAAAUCAAGUAUCUCUUGUUUUUCUUAAGCAGGAUGGACAGACUCUGAUUGUGCAAUUUGUAGUUCUUUAACACCCUUUGCUAAUUCAAAUGGUACAUAAUGUGUGAAUUCAACUGCUUCGUGUAGUUUGUAGUCAGGAUGGACUGAUUAAAAUUGUAAUAUUUGUAACCCUAGUUUACCUUUUGCUAUUGUAGGCGGUACUGGAUGUGUUGCUUCUUCUUAAUCUUGUGGAUCUAAUUCUGGUUGGAGUGAUAGAGAUUGUUAAUUAUGUUAUGGAUCCAAUUUAUAUUUUGCUUCAGGAGAUGAUACAGCAUGUGUUUAAUCAGGUAUAUCAUGUGCUUCUUUUUCUGGCUGGACUGAUGCAUCUUGUGCAGCAUGUUUUCCUGGUUCUAAAAUACAUGCUACAGUAGAUACAACAAAUUGUGUUGCCUCAACUAUUAAAUGUAAUGCAAAUUAAGGUUGGAGUGAUGCUGAUUGUUUUCUAUGUAAUAUUUAAUUACCUUUUGCUACUGCCGAUAAAAAGAGAUGUGUAGCUUCUUCCUAAUCUUGUAAUUCAACUUCAGGGUGGAGUGACUAUGAUUGCAAUUUAUGUACCCCAUUAAGUCCUUAUGCUAGUUUUGAUGGAACUAAAUGUGUUGCAUCAACUAUUUCAUGUAAUUCUGUAUCAGGAUGGACUAAUAAAAAUUGUUAACUGUGUAAUCCAAUGCUUCCAUAUGCAAUUGCUGAUGGUACAAGUUGUGUAAAAUCUACUAUUUCAUGCGAUUCUACCUCUGGAUGGACAGAUUUUAACUGUAAUUUAUGUUACCCUUCUUAACCUUAUGCAUCUGUAAACGGAAAUAAGUGUGUUGCUUCUUCUUAAUCAUGCAGCUCGACUUCUUUUUGGACAAACUCUGAUUGUGCAUUGUGUAAUCCAAAUAAACCCUAUGCCUCUGGAGAUUUAAAUAGCUGUGUUACUGCUACCUAAUCAUGUGAUUCAACAUCAGGCUGGACUGAUGCUGAUUGUUAAUAAUGUAAUCCUUCAUAACCAUUUGCAACAGCAGAUGGUACAUUCUGUGUCAACUCUACAUAGUCUUGUAAAGCAAAGUCUAAUUGGACUGAUAGUGACUGUUCUCUAUGCAAUCCUUAAAAUCCAUUUGCAAAUUCAAAUCGAACAGGUUGUGUAGAUCCUAUAGUUAAAUGUCUUAAUAGAGAUUCAAAUAAAAUUACAUAAAUUUGGACUGAUAACGACUGUGCAAUUUGCAAUCAAUCUGGCUACAGAGCAAAACUCGAUGGAUCUGGUUGUGUUAACUGCACUGCCACAAAAGGUCUGUCUGACUAUGAGUGUGGUCUCUGUAAUGGCACAGAUGAUGGAGAUAGUUAAUAUGCAAAUGCUCAAGGAGCUUGUGUGCCUGUUAAUUGCUCUUAAAAAAACGGUUGGGUUGAUUAAGAUUGCGAAAUUUGCAAUCCUGAAACUCCAUACGCUUCCAGUGAUAGUGUUUCGUGCUUUAGUGUAACUAAUUCUUUAAUUCUCUCGUUUUAAUUUAUUAUUCUUACCUCCUUAAUUAUAUGA